AUCCAACUUGAGCGUAGAAGGUUCUGUCACAUUUCACGCUGACACCGAGAGCUCACACACACAUGCUCUAAUAUCGACAGAUUGGGAGCAACGUGUGCUCACAUUACCGUGCCUAUACGCCUACAAGCAUCCUCUGAGUGCAAAGCAGUCAAACGCAAAAAAAAAAAAAAAAGAAGAGAGGAAACCAAGGAAAUCCCCAGAAAGGAAAUGCCAAUCGCAGCCACUGGACAGCCAACGACUCAAGAGCCCAGAGUUUACCCCCGACUGCCCUCCACCCCGGAGCCGGUCCCUAAAGGGGCUGAUUUAUUCGAUGAGGCGGGGGCCGCGGAGUCACCGGAGCGAACAGAGUACGGGGGCGUGGAGGGGGGCAGAGGAGUCGGGGGCUACAGUUACAGCCACAGCAGCACACGGAGCCUACAGCCCGCAUCCAUCAACAGUCCUCCACCGCAGUCUCCAGCCGCGUCCUCCUCCUUUCUUUUCCACUCCCUCCACGGCCACCAAAUGGCAAUGGAGCCCCCUAGGACUCGAUCACGUUCUCGAUCUGGAUAUUACCAGCAGUAUAAUGGUGGGAAUGGAAUUACUGGCAGCGGAGUCAUAGGAACUAACCAGCAGCCGCACGGUGCCGGUGGUUGCUUUCCACUUGGGGCUCACAGCAGCCACGCAGAGAACCAGCAGCGAGCCCCGGGAAGUAACGCCUCUCCGGUCAUCCAGAGACUUCACUCGGUUCCUGGUGCUCACCGCAUCCCGGCUGAAGGAGCCUCAGGUGGGUCGUACCACUGCCACCCAGAACAUGCAUACGGAGAGGAGAGUGACAAGAGUGAAGAAAGCCCCAGUCCAAAGCGCCAGAGGCUCUCCGGCCAAGCUGUCUUGGAGCAGCUAACCUCUUCCGCCUCACCACCGUCCACCCCUUCUCCCCCCAUCCGCCCCUGGGAGUCGGGACCUCCAAGCAGGAGACCAUCUCACCCCCACACACACUACCACCAAGAGAGAUCUCUCACGCCUGCGCGCCACAGACGCAGCCCCCCAGCCAGACGUCAGCGUGGCCGCAUCUCGAGAGCUCCUCGCCACUUGCCUCCUCAUCACCCCUCUCCUCAAGUACCUGCGCCAACAGAUUUCCAUGACGAAAACUUGCACCACGGCUCGCAUCCGUCGUUGCACCAGACCUACCCAACACACACCCCCAGCACCUACAGUCAGCCCCCCACACCUGCAACUGGUUCAGAGGAUCCCAGAGCUUUCCAUCCUCCCACCAUGUCCCCACGGCUACUGCACCCGGCUGCACAUUCCCACCAUAAUCAUCAUCAUCAGCAGCAGCAACAGCAUCAUGCAACGUCGCCGCAAGAUGCCAUGGUCAUGGAUUUACAUGAACAGCUCCAGCAAGGCAGUGUACCCGUCUCCUAUACCGUGACUCCAGUUGCACCUCAUGGCCUUGCAGCACCACUGUGCAAUGGUCACCUUCCCCCCAGCUGCUCUACACAACAACAAGUUCCUGCCUGCAGUGUGGUCUUCAGCACUGGACAACACUACCACCCGAUGUUGCAGGCAUGUUCAAUGCAGCAUUUGCCCGUACCCUAUGCCUUUCCUUCCCUACUGUCCAGCGACCCUCAGUUCCUUCUUCCCCCUCCACCCCAUCUCUCUCAUCACCCGACUCACCUCCAUCCCCACGGCCAGUUCUUGCCUUUCCAAACGCAACAGCCACGAUCGCCCUUGCAGAGAAUCGAAAACGAGGUAGAGCUUCUAGGAGAGCAGUUGUCAGUUGGUGGAGGCUUCAGCUACGCACAUCACCACCACCAUCACCACCACCACCACCAGCCUGCGGCUACCCUGCCGCCAUCCACACCACUCCACUUUCUUUCACACCACGACCACCUGUCACAGGAACUCUUCACAAUGCCAUAUCCCCACUUCAUGCCUCGGCGUUUCACCAGCCGGCGCUACCGCUCCCAGCAGGCUGUGCCAUCUUCAAGCUACCAUCCCAGCUUCCUGCCUUACUUCUUGUCCAUGCUUCCCGUCCCACCAAAUGUAGCUCCCACCAUCAGUCUAGAGCUGGAUGUGGAUGAUGGAGAGGUGGAGAAUUAUGAGGCCUUGCUGAACCUUGCUGAGCGUCUAGGAGAGGCCAAGCCACGCGGUCUUACUAAGGCAGACAUAGAACAGCUCCCAUCGUACAGGUUCAACCCCAACAACCAUCAGUCUGAGCAAACACUAUGUGUGGUCUGUAUGUGUGACUUUGAGUCUCGCCAGCUCUUAAGAGUCCUACCGUGCAAUCAUGAGUUCCAUGCCAAGUGCGUGGACAAGUGGCUUAAGGCUAACCGGACUUGUCCUAUCUGUCGAGCUGACGCAUCGGCGGUUCAACGGGAUUCUGAGUGACCCCAAUAGACAUUGACGCUCCCUUUUGGGUGCAUCAUCAUGGACAUUCACGGGACCAGUAUUCCUUUGUCGCACAUGCAAGAGGAAAAUAAACAGUCCAACUUUCUACUGAUUGUUCCAUCUUGGGACUACUGUGCCCUCCACUCUGUUCUGCCUUGUGUGCACACUCUUUUUUUUUUUUUUACAAUAAAUGGCCUUUUGAAAACACGUAUGCACAGCAGACUCAGAGACACCACACUUCCACUUGAACAGGAAAGACUUAUUUUGAAAGCUUCCAUGUCAUUGUCGGAACAAAUUUACAGGGGUAAUGUCAGUCUGAGUUUAUGUGUGCUAUUCUAGUGGAAUGUUUGGAGACGCUCCUCCAAACUCGUCGGUUAAUUACAUUUCUGUCUGUGUUCCUCGGCAUUCCUCGGUGGGAGAUCAAUUUGUAUGGGGUGGGAAAAAUAUGUUGCACUGUGACUGAAUGCUGAAGAAGACCGACUUUCCAACGGCGAAUAAUAAUGUACUUUACUGUCUGUAAGCACGCCUGUGUGUGUGUUUCUGUCUUCCUGUAUGUGCGCACACACACACACAUGAUCUCUGUAAGGCAUAAUGUAACUCAUUCACCCCGGACACAGGAAAGGCUUUAUGAUGUAACUCAUCACUAUUUAUCACGUUAUUUGUCUCAGUGUGACAACCAAAUGAAGGCCUUACAUAGAAUGCACAGGUGCAUCAGAGGUGAUGUGAAUUUUUUUUUUUUUUUUAUGUUAGUUGCAGUACAACUUCUACGACACAGUGUAAUCAUAAUAGGGUGGAGCAAAUGUAGUUUUACAAAAAAGAACAAAAAUAAUGAACUCUGGAAGUUUCUUCUGUAUCAUGUCAUCCAUGGGAAAGCAGGAUAUUAUUUUUUUUUUUUGCCCUGUGUGGUCAAAGGUAACUGGAUGUAUCCAUUGUGUCUUUGAAUAGUUUUUUUUGUUGUUGCUUGGUACACUAGCAAUUACCUCAGUCUCUAUUUAAGGCUUCCCUAAAAUGUUAUGAUUUAUUGCAUUUUGCUUACUUUUUUUUUCCCCCCUCCAUGCGAGUUUUUUUAUUUUUAUAUGAAACACCAUUGGUAGUUACAUGAUGUAUUAUGUGGGUAACCAAAAUCAUUUGAAGGCUGUUGAUGAAAUUUUUAACAAACAUUUGUACAUUUUGUAUGAGAGUUAUUACUAGUAAUACUUUAUCAAGUAGUGCAAUGGACUUCUUUAAUCCCCCUGCCCUGCCUUUUGUAUUGCAAAAGCUGGUUCAAUAAUAAAUGUAUAACAUCGUCUUCUA